AUGAAUUACGAACAACACAACGAAGUUUCCACCUCAUACAAACAUAGCGAGUGCAAACCCGACUUCUUCUACCCUGAAGAGAAGAAAUCAAAAAUCGACGAUGCUCAAAUGUAUUCUUUAUCCACACCAUUUUCAGUCAAAGACAUUUUGAACAUUAACCAGACUUAUUAUGAACGGAAUGACGUUUGGAAGCCCGAACGAAGCCAGGAUUAUGAGAGACUGUACCAUCAAAGCAAUUAUUGUUCGGAGUACUUCAAUCAAGUGUAUCCGAUGCACAACGAGUACUGGAACGGGGAAUAUGAGAACAAAGAGGGAUAUUACAAUUAUAAUUCGUAUUGUCAGAAUUUGUACCAUCAUGAACAGUACCAGGAGAUGCCACAAAUGCCUAAAUUGGAUGUCGAUAUGUCUGAACCACCCGGGCUCGCAGACGUAUCAGUACCACAACCUCACUUACCAAUAGAUAAUAAAUUUACUGCUAUGGCCAGGAAAACAAUGAAAAUGCCAACGAUCACGACAAAGCCAGAAAAAACAAAAGACAAAAGCACAAAACGAAAACCCAGAAUACUCUUUUCACAAAGCCAAGUCCACGAUUUAGAAGUCCGAUUCAAUACCCAAAGAUAUUUAACAGCGCCCGAACGUGAAGAAUUAGCUAAGAAACUGAACUUAACACCAACGCAGGUGAAAAUAUGGUUCCAGAACAGAAGAUACAAAAGUAAAAGGAUAAAAUCACCGGAAGUCUCGACAUCCACAGACGCAAAACCGAAAACAUUGAGGAAGUUAUACAAACCAGAGACUAGAGAUAAUCAAAACUACAUUCAGAAUCAGCAUGAUAUCAAUUCCACCUUAUAUUUGGAAGAUACCUAUGAUAGUGAGAAGUUCUACAAUCGAAUAGAUGAAUCCAACUUUUACACGACGGAUGUCAAAGAUGUGGAGAUGAAGAAAUAUUUUCCUAAUAAUUAUGUUUGUUAA